CAAAAAGGAAAAGGCAAAUUCAGGUCAGUGCUAGAACACAUUCCUCUUUGAAACAAAAUUGUCAGAAAAAACUGAAUUUCAAAGCAGAAACUAGCAAACACGCUCAGCUAUGGCGGGAGUUAUGAGCAACAUCUCAUCGGUUUUCCUCCCCAGACAACUCGGUGACUCGAGGCGUUUUUUCUUCAAAUCCUCUGCCGCACGAUUCUUGGACAAACGCAUUUUCGCCGCAAAAGUUCGAGCUUCUUCUUCUUCUUCAACUGCCUUUGUCGAAAUCAAGCCACCAACGGAUCCUGUUGUCGUUGAAAAGGAGGUAAGCAGCAGCAAGAACAUUUUAGCUUGUCCCAUAUGCUAUGAGUCAUUAUCGUGGAUUGGCAAUCCGGGCUUAUCUGUAGAGUCUGUGGCCGGGUCUACUUUACAAUGUAGAACUUGUAAGAAAUCUUAUAUUGGCAAGGAAACACAUCUAGACCUGACGGCAGCUAGUGGGGCCAAGAACUAUGGUGAACCAAUGCCACUUGCCACAGAGCUUUUCAGGCUUCCAUUGAUAUCGUUUCUAUAUGAGAGGGGCUGGCGUCAAAGUUUUUCUGUCUGGGGUGGUUUUCCGGGACCAGAAAAAGAGUUUGAAUUGAUGAGGGAUUUCAUAAAGCCGGUUUUAGGAGGAAAUAUUGUUGAUGCUAGUUGUGGAAGUGGGUUAUUUUCUAGACUAUUUGCCAAGAGUGGAUUGUUUUCCCAUGUUGUUGCUUUGGACUAUUCAGAGAACAUGUUGCAGCAAUGCUAUGAAUUCAUUAAGCAGGAGGGGAACUUUCCCAAAGAGAACUUAAUCUUGGUCAGAGCUGAUAUCUCUAGGCUUCCUUUCGUUUCAAGUUCUGUUGAUGUUGUGCAUGCUGGUGCUGCUAUACACUGUUGGCCGUCACCAUCAGCAGCUGUAGCUGAAAUAAGUCGAGUUCUGCGACCCGGAGGAGUGUUUGUUGCUACCACCUACAUACUUGACGGGCCUUUUGCUUUCCUUCCAUUUUUGAGGACUCUACGCCAGAAUACAACACUAAUAUCAGGCAGCCACAUCUUCAUAUCUGAACGGGAACUAGAAGAUCUGUGCAUAGCCUGUGGGCUAGUUGGCUUUACAUGUAUAAGAAAUAGGCGUUUCGUGAUGAUCUCUGCUUCGAAACCCGUCUAGGUAUUUGGCAUCCUGCUCCUCUCCACCGUGUGCUCUCAAAAUUAUCUUGGCUUUGUAAGUUCAAGACAUGCCAAAUUCCGUAUCUUCCAGAUACUUACUAUUAAGUCUAUCAAAUAAUGUGAUUUGUCCA